AUGUACGUCACCAAUCAGACGUCUCCGUUAACGUACGUCACCACUCGGACUUCUCCGUUAACCUACGUCACCACUCGGACGUCUCCGUUAACCUACGUCACCACUCGGACGUCUCCGUUAACGUACGUCACCAAUCGGACGUCUCCGUUAAUGUAUGUCACCACUCGGUCGUCUCCGUUAAUGUAUGUCACCACUCGGACGUCUCCGUUAACCUACGUCACCACUCGGACUUCUCCGUUAACCUACGUCACCACUCGGUCGUCUCCGUUAAUGUACGUCACCAAUCAGACGUCUCCGUUAAUGUACGUCACCAAUCAGACGUCUCCGUUAAUGUACGUCACCACUCGGUCAUCUCCGUUAAUGUACGUCACCAAUCAGACGUCUCCGUUAAUAUACGUCACCACUCGGUCGUCUCCGUUAACCUACUUCACCAAUCAGACGUCUCCGUUAACGUACGUCACCACUCGGUCGUCUCCGUUAACCUACUUCACCAAUCAGACGUCUCCGUUAACUGUUCCAGGUUUUCCAGGGGCUCCCAGCGCUCCCCUCCCCCAGCCAGAGUGGCCCCAGCCCGGGGAGAAGGAGCAUCAGAGCCCCCUGUCCUCCUGGAGGAGCAGACCUGCAGUACAGCCCCCUCUGGUGGCCGAGAGGAGAACUGCAGCGCCUCACUCGGUCCUGAGACCUGAUCCAGUUCAGACCGGUUCAGUCCAGCAGCCAAUCAGCAUGUCCGACAGCAGCAGGGCGGUGAGGAGGUCAGUGUCGGGGUCCAACCUACGGUUCGAGGCCGUUCCUCUGGACCAGGAGGCCACAGAGGGAGCAGAGGUCACAUUCACCUGCCAAGUCUCGUCUGUCGCCGUUGCCGUGGCUACAUGGCUGAAGGACGGUGGGGCGGUGAGGACGGGGCCGGGUCUGCAGCAGAGACAGGACGCCACCCGUCUCACUCUCACCAUGGAGAGAGUGAGACAGGCGGACCAGGGAACCUACAGGUGUCAGCUGAUCACCACUGAAGGACUCACUGUUACCUCUGCAACAUGGACGCUCAGCGUACACAAACGGCGUGAUGAUGGCGUGUCUGUGUGUGCGGCGGAGAGAAUCCAGGUCAAAGGCAGACGGUCGGGUCAAAGGUCAGAGGUCAGAGGAGUGUGUGAGGCUCCACGCUUCAUCCGGCGCCUGGCCGACCUCAAGGUGAUGGACGGCAGCCGGGUUACCAUGACGGUGGAGCUGACUGGUGUCCCCCCUCCUGAGGUGGUCUGGCUCCAUGACGGUCUGGAGGUGACCGAGUCUGAGGACUUCCACCUCCUGAGGGAGGAGAACCGCUGCACGCUGAUGAUCCAGGAGGUUUUCCCCGAAGACAACGGGACCUACAGCUGCCGGGCCUGGAACCAGAACGGAGAGGCCCAGACCCAGGCCAGGCUCACUGUGGAAGAGCCCCAGGACGGCGUGCAGCCCUGGUUCAUCACCAAACCCAGAGCCGUGAGCGCCGUGGUGGGUCAGCACGUGCUCCUGUCCUGCGCCGUGGCCGGGGACCCGUUCCCUCAGCACGCCUGGACCCGCGGCGAGCCGAGCCGACCUCUGACCUCCGGGGGAGAUUACGAGCUGCUGCAGAAAGACGACGUGGUCUCGCUGCUGAUCAGGAGAGUUAGGAGGCAUCACGCUGGAGACUACCAGAUCACCCUGAGGUGA